AUUUGUGCAGAUAAUUGGGAUACAUAAGCGUAUUUAUCACUAUGUCAAGAAGAAGGCACAGCGACGAGAAUGAUGGUGCUCAGCCUCAUAAAAGAAGGCGGACAUCCGAGCCAAUCGAGAUUGAGGACCGGCUUGAGUCUCUGAUAUGCAGAGUAGGGGAGAAGAGCACAUCCUCUUUGGAGAGUAAUUUGGAAGGCCUUGCAGGUGUCUUGGAAGCAGACCUGCCAAAUUACAAAAGCAAAAUCCUGCGUAUUUUGUGUGCUGUUGCUAGGCUGUUACCGGAGAAGUUAACGGUAUACACAACGCUGGUUGGCCUACUGAACGCACGCAAUUACAACUUUGGUGGGGAGUUUGUUGAGGCUAUGAUUCGACAGCUCAAAGAGACACUGAAGGCGAAUUUGUAUUCUGAGGCUGUUUACGUGGUGCGUUUCCUCUCAGACUUGGUGAACUGUCAUGUUAUUGCAGCCCCUUCCAUGGUUGCUAUGUUUGAGAAUUUUGUCAGCGUCACGCAAGAAGAAGAUAUACCACAGGUGCGCUCUGACUGGUAUGUCUACGCGGUGCUCUCCUCCCUCCCCUGGGUCGGGAAAGAACUCUACGAAAAGAAGGAUGUGGAAAUGGAUCGACUUCUCAACCAGAUUGAUGGCUACCUGAAGAGACGGCAUAAGACACACGUUCCAAUGCUGCAGGUUUGGACGGCAGAGAAGCCUCAUCCGCAGGAAGAAUAUCUGGACUGCCUGUGGGCUCAGGUGCAGAAACUGAAGAAGGACCGUUGGCAGGAACGCCACAUUCUGAGACCGUACAUCGCCUUCGACAGCGUGCUGUGCGAGGCCCUGCAGCACAACCUGCCUCCGUUCACUCCGCCAGCUCACUCGGACGACGCCGUCUAUCCCAUGCCCCGCGUGGUCUUCCGCAUGUUCGACUACACCGACGCGCCCGAGGGGCCCGUCAUGCCAGGAAGUCAUUCUGUUGAGAGGUUUGUCAUAGAGGAGAAUCUUCACUGCAUUAUCAACUCUCAUUGGAGGGAGAGGAAAACAUGCGCUGCCCAGUUGCUCAGCUACCCUGGAAAAAACAAGAUCCCACUGAACUAUCACAUUGUGGAGGUUAUCUUUGGAGAACUGUUCCAGCUGCCUGCACCGCCCCACAUUGACGUUAUGUACACCACGUUACUCAUUGAGCUCUGUAAGCUGCAGCCUGGUUCUCUUCCACAAGUUCUAGCUCAAGCCACAGAGAUGUUGUACAUGCGAUUGGACACCAUGAACACGACAUGCAUAGACAGACUCAUCAACUGGUUUUCUCACCAUUUGAGCAAUUUUCAAUUCCGAUGGAGCUGGGAUGACUGGGCUGAUUGCUUGACUGUGGACCUUGAAAAGCCAAAGCCCAAAUUUGUCAGAGAAGUGUUGGAAAAAUGCAUGAGACUCUCUUACCAUCAGCGGAUAGUGGACAUUGUCCCUCCCAGUUUCUCUGCUUUAAUCCCAGCUGAACCAAUAUUCCAGUAUAAAUACGCAGAUGAGAACAACAGUUCGUUGCCGGGCUACGCUGUGGCAAUAACAGUAGGAAAUGCCAUCAAAAACCGUGCCUCAAAUGAAGAGAUCCUCACCGUCCUGAAAGACGUGCCAAACCCCAACCAGGAGGACGAUGAUGAUGAGGGAUACGGCUUCAACCCCCUGAAGAUAGAAGUGUUCCUGCAGACUCUGCUUCACUUGGCUGCCAAAUCCUUCAGUCACUCCUUCAGCGCCCUGGCCAAGUUUCACGAGGUGUUGAAAACCCUGACGGACAGCGACGAGGGGAAGCUACACAUUCUCAGAGUGGUCUAUGAAGUCUGGAGGAAUCACCCACAGAUGAUUGCAGUCCUGGUUGAUAAGAUGAUCCGGACACAGAUUGUGGACUGUGCAGCAGUUGCCAAUUGGCUCUUCUCCCAAGACAUGGCACACGAUUUCACAAAGUUUUAUGUGUGGGAGAUUCUGCACUCCACUAUCCGUAAGAUGAACAAGCAUGUACAGAAAAUCCAAAAAGAGCUCGAGGAGGCCAAAGACAAGCUCGAGAAACAGCAGCAUAAGAAGGUAAGUGAUAAUCCUGAGAAAUCAGGCAAUGAAGACGGACAGCUGGAGGAACAGAUCGAGAGACUGCAGGAGAAAGUGGAGUCGGCCCAGAGCGAACAGAAGAACCUCUUUCUGGUCAUUUUCCAGCGCUUCAUCAUGUUGUUAACCGAGCACCUGGUUCGCUGUGAAACGGGCAGCGUGGACAUCAACACCCCCUGGUAUAAGAACUGCAUAGAGAGGCUGCAGCAGAUCUUCCUCAUGCACCACGCGACCAUUCAGCAGUACAUUGUCACUCUGGAGAACCUGCUCUUCACAGCUGAGUUAGACCCUCACAUUCUAGCUGUCUACCAGCAGUUCUGUGCCCUGCAGCUUUGAGACUCACACCAAGCCCCU